AGGGAGCGUCUUCCGGGAGCCCGGCAGCAACCGCGGUGCAGGCGCGCGCCCAACGGCUUUGCGAGGCUCACUCGGUCUGAGAGGUCAGAGGCUGCCAGUGUCGCUGCUGAAGGCUGUGGUGGACCGGGCUGGAUCGCGGAUUGUGGAGUAGAUCAUAGAUUUGAAAUAGCGGAUUUGGGGUUGGAUCGGGGCUUUGGGGUUGGAUAGGGGAUUUGGGGCUGGGUCGGCCGGGGUCGGGGGAGGGGGGUGGUGAAAAGGUGACAGGGAGCUGCCCCCGCUCAAGAGCCGGUGGUUGGGGGUCUGAGAAGUAGUCACCGCUAUGAAGUUAUUCGGCUUCGGGAGCCGCAGGGGCCAGACGGCCCAGGGCUUCAUAGACCACGUCUACACGGGUUCCGGAUACCGAAUCCGGGACUCCGAACUGCAGAAGAUCCACAGGGCAGCUGUCAAAGGCGACGCCGCGGAGGUGGAGCGCUGCCUGGCGCGCAGGAGCGGAGACCUGGACGCCCGGGACAAGCAGCACAGAACUGCUCUACACUUGGCCUGUGCCAGUGGCCAUGUGCAAGUGGUCACUCUCCUGGUUAACAGAAAAUGCCAGAUUGAUAUCUGUGACAAAGAAAACAGAACGCCUUUGAUACAGGCUGUCCAUUGCCAGGAAGAGGCUUGUGCCGUUAUUCUGCUGAAACAUGGCGCCAAUCCAAACCUUAAGGAUAUCUACGGCAACACUGCUCUCCAUUAUGCUGUGUAUAGUGAGAGCACCUCACUGGCAGAAAAACUGCUUUCCCAUGGUGCACACAUUGAAGCACUGGACAAGGACAGUAAUACCCCACUUUUAUUCGCUAUAAUUUGCAAGAAAGAGAAAAUGGUGGAAUUGUUAUUGAAAAAGAAAGCAAGUACACAUGCCGUUGAUAGGCUGAGACGGUCAGCUCUCAUGCUUGCUGUAUACUAUGACUCACCAGGUAUUGUCAAUAUCCUUCUUAAGCAAAAUACUGAUGUCUUCGCUCAAGACAUGUGUGGACGAGAUGCAGAAGAUUACGCUAUUUCUCAUCAUUUGACAAAAAUUCAACAACAAAUUUUGGAACAUAAACAGAAGAUACUUAAAAAGGAGAAAUCAGAUGUUGGAAGUUCUGAUGAAUCUGCAGUCAGCAUUUUCCAUGAACUGCGUGUGGAUUCAUUGCCUGCAUCGGAUGACAAAGACUUGAGUGUUGCUACUAAGCAGUGUGUCCCCGAGAAAGUGUCAGAGCCUUUACCUGGACCUUCGCAUGAAAAAGGAAACAGAAUAGUCAAUGGACAAGGAGAAGGGCCUCCUGCAAAACAUUCUUCCUUGAAGCCUAGCACUGGAGUGGAAGAUCCUGCUGUGAAAGGAGCAGUACAAAGAAAGAAUGUACAGACAUUGAGAGCAGAACAAGCCUUACCAGUGGCUUCAGAGGAAGAGCAAGAAAGGCAUGAAAGAAGUGAAAAGAAGCAACCACAGGUCAAAGAAGGAAAUAAUACAAACAAAAGUGAAAAAAUACAACUUUCAGAAAAUAUAUGUGAUAGUACAUCUUCUGCUGCUGCUGGCAGAUUAACCCAACAAAGAAAGAUUGGGAAAACGUAUCCUCAGCAAUUUCCCAAGAAGCUGAAGGAAGAGCAUGAUAAAUGCACCUUAAAACAAGAAAAUGAAGAAAAAACAAAUGUUAAUAUGCUGUACAAAAAAAAUAGAGAAGAAUUAGAAAGGAAAGAGAAACAAUAUAAGAAAGAAGUUGAAGCAAAACAACUUGAACCAACUGUUCAGUCACUAGAGAUGAAAUCAAAGACUGCAAGAAAUACUCCAAAUCGGGAUUUUCAUAAUCAUGAAGAAACGAAAGGUGGUCUGAUGGAUGAAAAUUGCAUUUUGAAGGCAGAUAUUGCCAUACUCAGACAGGAAAUAUGUACAAUGAAAAAUGACAACUUGGAAAAAGAAAAUAAAUAUCUUAAGGACAUUAAAAUUGUUAAAGAAACAAAUGCUGCCCUUGAAAAGUAUAUAAAACUCAAUGAGGAAAUGAUAACAGAAACAGCAUUCCGGUAUCAACAAGAGCUUAAUGAUCUCAAGGCUGAGAAUACAAGGCUCAAUGCCGAACUGUUGAAGGAAAAAGAAAGCAAGAAAAGACUGGAAGCUGACAUUGAAUCUUAUCAGUCUAGACUGGCUGCUGCUAUAAGUAAACACAGUGAAAGUGUGAAAACAGAAAGAAACCUAAAACUUGCUUUAGAGAGAACACAAGAUGUUUCUGUACAAGUAGAAAUGAGUUCUGCGAUUUCCAAAGUAAAAGACGAGAAUGAGUUUCUUACUGAACAACUUUCUGAAACACAAAUUACAUUCAAUGCCUUGAAAGAUAAGUUCCGUAAGACAAGAGAUAGUCUCAGAAAAAAGUCAUUGGCUUUAGAAACUGUACAAAACGACCUAAGGCAAACACAGCAGCAAACACAGGAAAUGAAAGAGAUGUAUCAAAAUGCAGAAGCUAAAGUGAAUAAUUCCACUGGAAAGUGGAACUGUGUAGAAGAGAGGAUAGGUCACCUCCAACGUGAAAAUGCGUGGCUUGUACAGCAACUAGAUGACGUUCAUCAGAAAGAGGAUCAUAAAGAGAUAGUAACUAAUAUCCAAAGAGGCUUUAUUGAGAGUGGAAAGAAAGACCUCGUACCAGAAGAGAAAAGUAAGAAGCUAAUGAAUGAAUGUGAUCAUUUAAAAGAAAGUCUCUUUCAGUAUGAGAGAGAGAAAGCAGAAGGAGUAGUAAGUAUCAAGGGAGAUAAAUAUUUUCAAACUUCUAGAAAGAAAAUUUAAACAUUUGGUUCUGGAUACAUGUUGAACUUAGUUGAAUAUAAAAAUCUAGAUAAAAAGUGUGUUUACCAUACUGGAUAAUUCCAUUUACAU